AUGAAAGAAGAACUGAGAGAGGAGAAAGAAGCCCUCAUCAUGGCGCAAAAGAAGCUCGAGAUGGACAUUGCUGCCUUCACCAAGGAGAAGGAAGAAUUCGAAAGAGAUGUUCAAAGACGAGGCCUAAAACACAGGGAAGACGAACAGAAAGAGGAUUCGAGACUUGAGGAAAAAGGCCUCGGAAAGGAGGCUUCUUUGUCACUUGGCCCCAGAUCUGUGGAAGAUCGGGGAUAUGGAUUUAUAUCAAUGAACAGAGGACAGAAACGCUCUCAGAAUAGGAGGAAGACUAGGAAGACGAUACUUCAGCUGAUUGACCUGGUAAAGAAGUUGCAGGACUCGGGACUUGGAAGACAACCUAAGGAAGACGUAAAACGGAAGGCUGAGCGUCAACCUGCGCGUGGAGCGCGGAAAGAACGCGACCAACGGAGGGCGGCUAAAGAACCUACUACCAAUAUGCCAAAAGGACACGAUAAACGAUGGGCAACAAAACCACCUGCUACCAAGAAGCCCAAAGACCACGACAAACAGAGGCCAGCAGAAGUAUCUUUCAAGGUAAAGCCGCAAAAAGGUGGUCAAAGGAAAGGCGGCAAAUUACCUGUUAGGCCCAAAAAAUGGAAGACUAUAGAGGAAGAGAGAGACGGACUAGUGAUUGCACUAUUAGUCCAGAUGGAGGAAUUCUCCUCAGUCUCGAAGAAUGUCGCAUUUAUAAACCACUUGGAUAGACACAUCUUUAAUCUUGAAGCGGCCACAAAGGACGAUUUGGGAAAGGUGAUCCUAAAAGUCCAGCAAUGCCGCUGUCAAGACUCAAAAUGGAAGAAGAAAGAAAAUGAUGAGACGCCAAAGCCUCGCAUCGGCCAGCGGAAACUGAAAAAGUUGCUGGCAGAAAAGAGGCGAUUAAUAGAUGAACUUUAUUUACAAGUAGAAGACCUUGAUCCAAUCGACGAAAACGUCCCUGUGAUAUAUCACUUGGAUGGUCACAUAUUGGACCUCCAGCUGGCUGGAGAAGGCACGAUGGGCGCUGUCAUAGCAGAGACCAAAAACUGCCAGUGUCAAGCCUAUCCAGAGGACAACGACGAAGGAAAAUGCAAUUGGAAAUGGAAGAAGCUGAUAGCCGAAAGGGACGACUUAGUCUUUGAGCUAAUGGUCCAGAUCGAAAAAAAGGAUCCAACCUCGGCAAAUCUGGAGGCAAUAGAUCACCUGGAAAACCACAUCUGGGAACUCGACUUGGCUUCAACAGAUGAGCUCAAAAUGGUGAUCAGGAAUAUAAUGAAAUGCUCCUGUCAAGCUGCCCUGCCUAAGGACUAUAGGAAAGAUCGGAAGAAGAAGAAGCCGUGCUUUUGGCAGAAGCGUUGGAAGAAACUUCUAACAGAAAGGAAUAGAUUGGCAGAGAAUUUGUCGGCACAAAUAAAAGAAGUUGCUGACAACUACGGAGAAUAUACCUCGCUGACAGGACACUUGCAGAGACACCUGUGGCUCCUCCAAAGAGCAAAAGCAGGAGACAUUGAGUUCCUCAUGGAAAAAAUAAUAAAUUGUUGGUGUCAGACUCCAUGGCAGAAUGAAGAUUAUGAAGAUUAUGAAGAUGCACCAGACGACAUUGAGGAAUAUUCGUCUCCUUAUGAAAAGUCGUACUAUUCUGGAAUCGAAGACGCACCACCAGACGACAUUGAAGAAUAUUCGUCUCUUUAUGAAAAGUCGUCUUAUUAUAGAUUCGAAGCCGUACCAAGCGGCAUAGACGAAUAUUCGUCAUCUAUUACAGAUGAGAUAAUUGACAAAUAUUCGUCCUCUGGAGAAUCUUCGCCACAGGAACUUUCCCCAGAGAGACAGCAGAGAGGAGAGUUCCAAGGUCGGGAGACUCCCAGGAGAGGUGAUAUCCUCACCAGCCUCGAUGAGGCUGAAUCCUCUCUCGCCAGUUUCGUCGGGCAGCAACUCCUACAGCAAAUCAAAGAGCAGGAGAACGCCCUCAUUGAAAAGCUGAAAGAGUAUGAUGAAGCGAGGGAGCUUUUAAAGAAUGAGAGAGGUGCUCUUGAUGCUGAAAUGGAACUCCUCAACCAGGGGAAAGCAGAGCUGGACAUUGAACGACAGCAAUUCCAUGAAGAGAAGGUCGCCUUUGAAAUGGAACUCAUUCAAAGGGAGGCCUUGGAAUUGGAUAGGGAUGUCCUCCAGAGAGAGAGGGAGACAUUCUGUGUGGAAUUAGUUAACAUGAGAGAAGAACUAAGAAGAGAAAAAGACAACCUCACCAAGACUCAAGUGAGGCUCGUUGAGGAUGCAGUGGACUUGAAAUUAGAGAGGGAAGCCCUUCAGAAUGAAAUGAGGCUCUUUUGUGCCCAAGUCGUUAAAAUGAAAGACGAACUGAGAGAGGAAAAAGAAGCCCUCAUCAUGGCGCAAAAGAAGCUCGAGAUGGACAUUGCUGCCUUCACCAAGGAGAAGGAAGAAUUCGAAAGAGAUGUUGAAAGACGAGGCCUAAAACACAGGGAAGACGAACAGAAAGAGGAUUCGAGACUCGAGGAAAAGUUUAGGAAUAUAAACAACAGAUCAGUCGGCACUCAAACAAAGAGACCGGGGACAAACAGCAUGCAGGAUAUGAGUGAGAAAUUAAGGAAGUUUCCAGAAGACAAACUUGAGGAGAGGGAAUCUCGACAAGAAAAACACACAGACGAAAAAUAUUCCUCAGAAACGAAGUGCCCAAAUUCUUUGGUCCUAAACGGUCUUUUGGAAGAUAUGAUAAGCGAUCUUCGUAGAAUCUUCGAGAGAAUAGACACGCUAGAAAACGAAUAA